CACAGCCCUCUCUGGGGGGCCGGGCAAAUGGCACCUUCUAUGAGAUCCUGCAAGUGGACUUUGGGAUCGACAACAGCAGCGGCCUGGCCGGGGCGCAGCCCAUCACCUGGCAGGUAGAGUACCCAGUGGAGGACGCCAUGAGCGAGCUGGCCGUCUCCGAGAUCUUCGUCAGCCCGACAUCCUUUGUGGGCAUCGUCCCUCUUGCAAUGGACACGGAGGUGCUGAACACGGCCGUCCUCACCGGGAAGGCUGUCUCGGUUCCCGUCAAGGUCGUGGGCAUUCAGGAGGACGGCUCCGUGGUGGAUGUGCUGGAGGCUGUGGAGUGCAGGUCUGCGGAUGAAGACGUCGUGAAGGUCUCCAACCACUGCGACUCCAUUUUUGUGAACGGGAAGGAAAUGAAGAGCAAAGUGGACACGACCGUGAACUUCACGCACCAGCACUUUACCUCCCAGCUCGAGGUCACCGUCUGGGCGCCCAGACUCCCCCUGCAGAUUGAGAUCUCAGACACGGAGCUGAGCCAGAUCAAGGGCUGGAGGAUCCCCGUGGCCUCCAACAGGAGGCCCACCCGAGAGAGCGAGGACGAGGAGGAUGACGAGAAGAGGGGCAAGGGGUGCUCCCUGCAGUACCAGCACGCCACGGUGCGCGUCCUCACCCAGUUCGUGGCCGAGGCGCCCGACCUGGGCCAGCUCAGCUACAUGCUGGGCCCCGACUGGCAGCUGGACAUCACCGAUCUCGUGGCCGAGUUCAUGAAGGUGGAGGAACCCAGGAUCGCGCAGCUCCAGGGCGGCAGGACCCUGGUGGGCCGGGAGCCGGGCAUAACCACCGUGCAGGUGCUCUCGCCGCUGUCUGACUCCAUCCUGGCCGAGAAGACGGUGAUCGUGCUGGAUGACCGCGUCACCAUCGCAGACCUGGGCGUGCAGCUGGUGGCCGGCUUGUCCCUUGCCCUGCAGCCUCACAGAGCGGACAAGAGAGCCAUUGUCUCAGCGGUGUCGGCCCAGGACGUUCUCCGGGCCCCGCAGCAGGAAGCAAUAGUCAGUUCUUGGAUUUUGUUCAGUGAUGGUUCGGUGACACCCUUAGACAUUUAUGACCCCAAGGAUUUUUCAGUUACUGUGUCAUCAUUGGAUGAAAUGGUGGUGUCUGUCCAGGCAAACCUUCAGUCCAGAUGGCCGGUGGUGGUCGCACAGGGUGAAGGGCAAGGGCCCUUGAUUAAACUAGAAAUGAUGAUUAGUGAGCCCUGUCAGAAGACCAAGAGGAAGAGCGUUCUUGCCGUGGGUAAAGGAAAUGUCAAGGUCAGAUUUCAACCAAAUAUUGAUGAGCACCAAGGAGGCACCAACGACAUUGAGGGCAUCAGUCGGGAAUACAAAGACCACCUCAGCAAUUCCAUAGAGCGUGAAGGGAACCAGGAGAGAGCAGGUCAGGAGUGGUUCCAACAUGGCGCCUCUGUUGGCCACGAGGAACGUAGCGACAAAAGCACAACCCCAUGGUCUCCCCAGGAAGGAAAGGAUAAGAAGUCACUCAAGAGUGGCGGCGCAGACGCCUUCACAAGCUUCCCCACUCAAGGGAAAUUACCGGAACCCAAUAACCCCAGUGACCUGACAGUGACCUCCAGGGGGUUGACUGACUUGGAGAUCGGCAUGUACGCUCUGCUCUGUGUCUUCUGCCUGGCCAUUUUGGUCUUCUUGAUCAACUGUGUGGCAUUUGCUUGGAAAUACAGACACAAAAGAUUCGCCGUGAGCGAGCAAGGCAACAUCCCCCAUUCCCAUGACUGGGUCUGGCUUGGGAACGAGGUGGAACUUCUGGAGAACCCCGUGGACAUCACCCUCCCAUCAGAGGAGUGCACGACCAUGAUAGACAGGGGGCUGCAGUUCGAGGAGAGGAACUUCCUUCUCAAUGGCGGUUCCCAGAAGACCUUCCACAGCCAACUGCUCAGGCCCUCUGACUAUGUCUAUGAGAAGGACCUGAAAAGUGAGCCUCUGAAUCCAUCGGGCCCAAAGCGGAAGCGAGUCAAGUUUACGUCCUAUACCACCAUCCUCCCGGAGGACGGCGGCCCGUACACCAACUCCAUCCUGUUUGACAGUGAGGACAACAUCAAGUGGGUGUGCCAGGACACAGGGCUGGGGGGCCCCCGGGACCUCAGAGACUACAUGGAAAGGCUGCAGGACCCCAUGUGAGCUCCUUUCUUACGUUUGUAUUCACCUCUAUGCCUUCUGUUUUUGGAACGGUGGAGCAGCGAGUUUGUUCAGCAAUAGGGGGUGAUUUAACAAAGCUUCGUUUGGGGCAGUCUGGGGGGAGGGGAUCCCUUUCUGAGCAGGUGUCAGAGGCCCGGAGAGUAACAGCAGCCGGGCUGUAAGCCGGGAAAUGUCUCGAAAGCAGCCACCUGUAGCUCCUGGAGAAAUUCUGAGACGACAGUCCCAUCUGCGACCUGCUCCUAGCUCAGUUCAAACACACUAAACCUGGCCCCACAGACAUUGUUAGUCAUCUCGCGACAAACGGCCGCGUGGGAUUCGAAAAGGCUCGGGUGUUGAUUUUUCUACUCCUAGAACUUUUAAAGCACAGUGGACACUCCUUGCCCUUGGCCUGAGAUUGGACGUUCGUGAAAGAUGCUGAAUGUAGCCGCCCUUAUUUGUUACAAGGCUGCUCAUUAUUUUUAUACACAUUUGCACCUGCACCUGGUUCCUUUGGCCUCUGGAAUUCUUUUUGAAACAUGAAGAAAAGCAAUCAUGGUCUCCUCUCUCGGAGACGUUUGAUUUUCCCAUGAGUUUUAGUCGCCGACGUUCGCCGCAUCUGGGUUGAACGUCAGGUGCUCUCCGUUGCCCACUUCCCUUACCGAAGGGGCGAUGUCUGAGAAGCUUAUCCUCACACUGUUCUCCCUUCUCUUUGUUGUGGAACGUCCUCGUAUAUCAGACUGGGACACGGGAUUUUACAUAAAAUAUUAAUAUAGUGCGAGGGAGGGCCAUCUUUACAGUUUUCUAUACGACGCUUACAAACUUUGACUUGUCAACCACAUUUGUUUUUAUCUUCUGCUUGUGGGACAUUCGUGGGGGACUCCUGGAGUGUAUUUCUGAGGGCAGAAAGACCCUGAGAGUCGUAUUUAUACUGGUGCUUUCCGGUCAACACAAUUUGUUAUCCAAGCUGAAAUCAAAAUUUUAAAUUACUAUGACACAGAAAGGAAAUGGUGUAGGAAUCAAUGUUCAGGUUACACUUCUGUUUUACCAGAGCAAAAAGAAAAAAAAAGAAAAAAAACGAAAGUAAGUAGAAUGAUGUUUCAACUUAGCAAUAUGUAAGAAUCCAUCCAUAUAAUGACCCCCCCCAAAAAAAAAUAAUCAGUCAUGGCUCCCGCAGGGCUCAAGCCUACGCAGGGUAGGCACUGAUGGAGAAAGGAAUGGGCUGGCUUCCAAGUUUCAUAAAGUAAAUGACUGUAGGAGAGUUUCAGAAGCAGGUAGGCAGAAACACCCUAGCUGCUGGAAAGUCAGAGUGACAACAGGAAAAAAAAAAAAAAAGUGUGACCCCCCUGCAUAAUUCACAAAUUAAAAAAAUGUCUUUCAAAAAAGAGCAGGAAGGGUUCCAAGCCGAGCAAAAAUUUCAGAUUAGCAGAGCAGAGCAACAUUGUAUGCCGGGACAUAGCUGGGAAGACGGGCGCGGGGGGCUGGCCCACCUCUUCCGCGCUUUCCGGGGCCAUCUGCGUGGCUGGUGCCUGGACCUGUAAAGCCAGAGUCGCGAAGACCCGCCGGAGGGGCAAGGAAGCGGCUGGUUGACUCCAUGCGGCGGCGGAGGAGCGAGCCGUGGGAACAAGAGGCUCUGGGGUGUCGUGGAGCUCUCGGUGCACCCAGGAGCACGCCGACCCUGCCUCCUCGCGCACCAUGCGGCGGCCACAGCUUCCUGCCUGUGUCCCUUGCCCACGGGACAGGGCGGAAAUCAGCAGCGCUGUGGGCCUGAUCUCUAGAGGCCCGCGUCCAGCCGAUCUUGUGUUUCCGAUGGGGGCUAAGGGCUGAAGCUGGUGAAGUUCCCAGAAUCUUCUGAUCUGAUGGAUGCAAGAAGCCAAGAGACCCAGGCGUUGGCUUCCGAGCGAGUUUACAGAGAAAAGGCUGACGGGAAUAGGAACUACGCCUGAGAGGAGGCUGCCGCCGCUCACCGAGGACUAGGUGCGGAGGGAGCUCGGGGCCCCCCCGGGAGGACGCCAGGGAGUUCUCACGCUAAGGCCGCGUAGCUCUCCAGACUAGGCCUGCUCACUGUGCCGCGUUCUCCACGUUGUCUCCCUGUGGAUCAUCAGCAUUCCGAAAUAACGGGAGCUCUGUGUCUGAAGCGGAGGCAGCUCAGCGGAUAGAGGGGGUGAGUCUCACACGCGCACACGCGUGUGUGCCCCCACGCAUGUUCGGCAGGCUGCCCCCGCUGCUGCAGUGAGGCCCCGGGUGGCCGAGGGCGGGUGAUCUGGGAAAGGACAAGGGAGCGUUACUGAGAAGCUUGCGCAUCAGAGCCUUUCCUGGGGUCGGAGCGCUUGCUGCAGACAGAGCGCAGACCUGGCGGCCUCAGAAGCGGGAACGUGCCAGCGCGUUCUCGGCGCCGGGAAACUGACCGCUGCCCUGAAGAUGCCUCCCAAGGGUGAGCAGGAGUCCCCCCCCCCCGGCGUGAUCCGGGCUCUGUACCCUCUGCCGGCUGCCGUUCACUCUCACUUCACCUUGAGAGUCAUGUGGAAGGUCCUGGGCGGGGGCAGGGGUCCCUUUUACCCACGGCACACACUCACUUGGAUGCACACGCGUGUGCACAUGUGUGAACAGAGAAUACAGUAUUUAGUAGAAUGGCACUGUGGGCUUCUCCCUGACUUGCUGUGGCCACUAUCCCAGCUCCCCAGGAUUUCGGUGAGGUUCUUUCUGUCCUAAAUGUUUCCUGCUUACCCGCUCACCAAGUCAAGGAAGAUUGCUUAUUUUCCAACCAGAUCACUUAAAAUGAAUAGGAACUAUGCCCUUCAAUAUCUAAACCAGAACGGGGAAAAGAUGUCACUUAGGAAACCUUGAAAUCCGUUCCCUGGGGGCCUGCACGUGCCUGGAGUUUCCAGGUUUCUCAGAGGGGGAAUAGCCCAUUGAUCAGUGUGAUUAGUCACCUUAGAACAACAGGGAUCAAUUUCCCUUCCUCUCCCCUUGCCCCCCAGGCCAGUGCCAGCCAGCCUCCUCGGGGGCCGCAGGCUAGAAGCUGGGCGGGUCCCAUGGAUGGGACUCAGACGCCCUCGGGGACCAGGCCACCUAGAAGUGGGGGGUGUGAGGCCAGUGUUCCCAGCUGCCAGAUGUACCCCCUCCCGGGCCACACCCUGGGAUCCAGGAGCAGCUGCCACACCACGGAAGUGAAGCUUAAAUGCACCGUGUUACCUCGGCGGGGAAGCAAGAAGAGCCUGCCAGUGUCCCAGAGGAGCGCCCCCGGCAAGCUUCUGGCUGACGGUGUGCACCGACAGAGGACGGACUGACCCCCCAGCUCUUCUGUGUUGCGCCCUGCCCAGGGUCAGCUCCCAGACUUCAACUCCAGGCAGAGGGUGUGCGUGUGUACACGUUAGCGCAGGGAGAACAUAGAUUACUUCUUGUCCCAUUUGCCCCAUCCGUAGAUGAGCACUUUGUACAUUGUUCAUUUCUAAGUUUUAGGAAGUCGGCCUCUGUGUAUUUUGACCCUUUGCACCCUUUCUUCAGCAAUUUGGAAAGGCAUCCUCCUAAGAGGGGUGCUGGGCCUGGUCGAGGCUCUGUGUCAGAGAACCAACCAACCCACCGUCAACGACCACACAGAACAGGUUGCACCUGCUUCCUACGCGUCUCUGGGACCAUUGCCUUUUCUCUAAUCAUCUCAAAAACGGCUUCAACUCUCCAUCCUCGUCUCUGUAAGUGACACGAUCGUUGACAGACCCGGCAACCCUCUCCUCCAUCGAAAUUCUAGACGUGUGAUGUACCACGUAUCCCCUGUGAUGUGGAGGGACAGGCCGGGUGGUGGAGGUUACGGGAGGACACAGCUGGCAGAUAUUUUUGUAUGUGAGAUACACAAUACGCCUCACCAAGAAGUGUGCUGGAAUAGAUACAUUUUACAGCAGAAGCAUGCAACACUGUAGCUUUUAAAUGUACAGCCUUCCCACUCCGAAAUAUCUGAACCCAUGGUAGGGGAAACACCGGGUAGGAACGCAGCCUGGACAGGGCUCGGCUCGUUGGCGGUAUCACUGAUGGAAUCUGCCAGAAUAUUUUGAUCUUACUCUUCAUUACUUUCGGAUUUUUUUUUCCUCUUUUUUUCCCCCCUGGAAAUACUUAAGAAAUAAAGUGACUACAUUUCCCAGCAUAAAGUAUAUUCUAACCACAGGGUAACUCAUCAUUUUUAACAUGAAAAUAAACAUUUAAACCUUC